CGCUAGUUCUAAACAGGGCAGGGUGAGUCUAGAGCAAAGAGUUGGGCAGGAGGGCCUAUGGGUGUUAUAAUGCAGGCCUGGGUCACCAUGGUGGUGACCCUGGCCACGCUGACAGUUGCCCCUGUGGAUGCCAAAAUCUAUGAACGCUGUGAACUGGCAAUGAAGCUGGAGAAGGCGGGCCUCAACGGCUUCAAGGGCUACAGCAUUGAAGACUGGCUGUGCAUGGCACACUAUGAGAGUGGCUUUGACACCUCCUUCGUGGACCACAAUCCCGACGGCAGCAGUGAAUAUGGCAUUUUCCAGCUGAACUCCGCCUGGUGGUGUAACAAUGGUGUUACACCCACCCAGAACCUCUGUCACAUGGAGUGUCGUGACCUGCUCAACCGCCAUAUUCUGGAUGAUAUCUUGUGUGCCAGGCAGGUGGCAUCAUCAAAGAAUGGUAUGACUGCCUGGAAUAGAAAAUGAUACAGUCCCUACUGAGAUGUGCAGUUGAGACUUAAUUCACAAGGCCUGGGCUUUCCAAACCUGACACCUUCCAAAUGUCUUCAGGACUGGCACUUAAUAAGCAGCUCCUGAGAGAUAACCUCUGAAUCCUUGGAACAUCUUGCCUGAUAAGAUAUGGUAUGUCUUUGUAUACCUAAGUCCUCAGGCCACACCAGAUAAUCUAUGCUAACAAUCUGAUUUAUGGAGAAUGUACAUUUUUAUAUGUCUGGGUGUUCAGACCACACUGUAUUAGUUUGGCCCCUAGGGGGCUAGAGACUAAAUAGCUGAGUCACAUAAGUGCCCAUUGCUUAAGACUGACCCCUAAUAAAAACCCUGGACUCAAGGCUCCAGGGAGCUUCCCUGGUUGGCAAUACUUUAUACAUGUUGUCAUACAUCAUUGCUGGGAAAAUUAAGUGCUGUCCAUGUAACUCCAUUGGGAGAAGAAACUGGAAGGUAGCACCUGGUUUCUCCUGGUCUCUGCCCUGUAUACCUUUUUAUUUUUUUAAGAUUUUAUUUAUUUAUUCAUGAGAGACACAGAGAGAGAGAG